UCCUCAGCAUAGUGGGAGGAGUGCGAGACGGGGACACAUUCAACAUGCCCACCAAAGGAACAAGCAUGGAGAGUUUUCGCCUCAUGGUCAGUUCAUUAGUAGUCAGCAGACUGGGCGGUGAUGACCAUCUGGAGUUAGUGACCAGAAUACUGGACAGGGCAGAUGUUAAUAUGGAUGGGAAGGUGUCACUUGCAGAAGCCAAAAGUAUAUGGAGUCUUCUACAGAACAGCGAUUUCUUCAUUUCCUUCAUUUUUCAAAACACAGAAUUUGUGCCCAAAAUCCAGAAAUUCUGUGGCAAUAUAUUUGCUGUAGAAGAAGUUCCCCACACAUAUUUAUAUGACAAGGAUAACCCAUCAUAUCUGAGGUGGAUAUUUGCUAACUCAUAUCAGUGGCUACAACCAAGCUGGCACCAUCGGGCAAAAAUUGUUGUUGGUCUAUUGGAGUUCAUAAUGGCAGUAUACCAGUAUAGAAAUGCAGGGGAGUUUUAUAUCUGCCAUUUAGAUGAGUCAGUUGUGGGAUACACACGUCGCUAUGACAUGAGAUUUUUAGGAGUGUCCCAGUUGCUUCCAAAGCAGACAUUUAUGAAGGUGAUGCAGCUUCGCCAGUGUUUUUCAGACGAGGACUGUUUUUACUCAAAAACCUGCAGCUCAAAAUGUGACAUUUCACAGCACACUUGCUCAGGGAGUCUCAUCAAACCUAAUCUUUUUCAUGCCUGUCAGUUACUCAGAGAAUAUCUGUUGUAUGACUUAGUGGGUGGCGAGAGAGUGGAGCUCUCAGGGAUGCUGCGCACGUGUCGGGCUCUUGACAACAAUAAGACGUCUGCUGACUUAGAUCAUGCAGUGGUACUCAAUAAUAUGAAAACAUGGCUGUGGAACAAAAUACAGAACAAAGUUUCUUGAUAUUUUGUGGUGCUGAUUAUUCUCUGUGAGGACUUUUUUUUUUAGAAUUUUAGGUGAUUUUCUAGUCACUGUUUAUUGUCUUCCAGUUUUGUUUCUUUUUAUGAUUUUUUAAAAUCAAAGACAUUUAAAGAAAUUAAUUUUAAACUUUACCUACACAUCUUAUAGUUUGAUUAUUGUAGUGACGCAAACAAUUUUUGAUUGUGAUAAACUAAUCAUAAAUUUGUGCCAUAGUGAUGACAUAUCUCAGUAAACAUGCUGAUUUGCAUGAUUAUCUAUAUUCAUGUAAAUAAAAGGAAGAGGGUCUAUUUUUUAAACUUGUAGACUUCUGAAUAACAACU